AUGGAUGUCACAGAAUGGAAAACACGAUAUUUGCUGCUUGUCUUCGCCUGUUUUCUUCCCUUUGGCUGCUACUUCAAUAUUGAUGUCCUAGGUGCAUUGCAGAAAGACCUACAAGGGGUUCACACUGAAAAUUGUAGGAACCUGACGGCCAACAUGACGUGCUGUCCUGACUGUCUAGGACUAGGACCAGAUCGCUAUAAUCAGCUUUACGCUGCCUACUCGUGGAUGAAUGCAGUAAACGCUUUGCCUGGGGGAUAUUUCAUCGACAAAAUUGGAAACAGGGGUUCAGCCAUCCUGACAACGACAGUAGCGUCUUUAGGAACACUUUUGUUCGCAGUGUCUACCAUUGAUUCGAUCAGGUUCACAUCAGCUAUGUUUCCGAUUAUGUUCUGUGGGCGUUUACUCCUUGGGGCAGGAACAAGUCCUGCUCUCAUUGUUCAGAACAGAAUUCUUGCUUCCUGGUUCCCAGACAACAUAUUGGUAGUCUUUAGCCUAAUGGUAGUUGUUCUGCGCCUUGGUAAUGUUUCCAAUUUUUUCCUUACUGCCAACCUUGCCAACUGGAUCGGCUUAUCAACAACUCUAUGGAUAGGUAUAUUUAUCUUUUUGUCCCUGAAAUACACAUUUACUGUAUCUGGAGUAGUAUUCACUAUUUUCAUGAUGGUAUUCAAUAUUGAAUAA